AGUUUGGAAGGGGUUGAAACAGGGUUUCAUUACAGGUUAAGUUAUUGCAGAUCAAGGAAGCCUGUGUUGGAGACUAUAAGUGAAGAACCGAUUUAUCUGAGAUGAAGAUUUCAGAGACGAGAGAAACAAAUCAGGAUAGGAUCAUCUGAAACAUGGGUAGAAAAAGUGGCAGUGGUGGUGGAAAAGGCGGCGGCGGAGGCAGCAAGGCAGGAGGUGGUGGCAGCGGCAGUAAAGGUGGCGGAAGGGGCGGUGGAAAGAGCUCCGGUGGUGGUGGGGGAGGGCAAAUGAAAGCACCAGGUGGAGGUGGAGCUAACAUAUCAAGGAGUGGCUUUGAGAGCAAUCCUCAAGGCUAUUUUGGUGGUCUUCAUGCAUCAGCCAAGGCAAACAAGUAGUCUGUCUCA